GGGGACGCUGGGGCAGGACGCGGCGGGAGCCCCGCUAGCACAGGAAGUCGCUCCGCCGAGAGAGAAGGCAGGAGGCGGAGCUGUGCCGCUCGGCCCGAGUGAUUUUUUGGAUUGAAAACAAUGGGUAGAAAAGAUGCCUCUACAUCAAGGACUCCUGUUGACCAGUACAGGAAACAGAUAGGAAAACAAGAUUAUAAGAAAACCAGACCUAUGUUAAGAGCCACAAGAUUAAAAGCAGAGGCCAAGAAAACUGCACUAGGCGUAAAGGAAGUUGCCCUUGUCCUUGCAGCUAUACUGGUAUUUUUGUUGGCUUUCUAUGCUUUCUUUUAUCUUAACAUUUCCAAUGAAGUUGACCUUGAUCUGGAUCCAGAUGAAAACUAGCAGAUGCAAUGAAUUUAUCAUCAAGAUUUCUUCUGCUUCAACAACACUGCAUAGGAACACACAGUCCCUUCACUGUGAGACCGUAAAUGAUGCCAUUUCUUGCAGUCCAAAUUUGUAAGAAAGUUUUGCAAUACGUCAGUCACUUCUACAUUCUGGAUCUCCAAAAUAAGAACACUUAUGCCUGGCCAAGUGUAUUUGAUUAACACCAAGGCCAGGAGCAACAGUAUGAUACAUGAAAUUUAUUGUUUACAUUAUUUUUGUCUCAGGCAGAGAACUCUGAUGUCAAAAGACAGGUGCUAUUAUUAUCAUGGAUAUUCAUGCUGACUUCACAGGAGUGUCUGCCUUGACCAAACUUAGGAAUCAAAGCUUCCUAAUAACUAAAUUAGUUUUCUUUUCCAAAAGAAAGCAGAAAUACCAAAUAAAAAGUCUUUCAUUUAAAAUAUAUCAAAACACCCUCAUCCUCCCUCUCCCUUUUAAUCUUUCUUGGGCAUGUGUACACACGCGCGCACAUGAAGAUGGAAGAAAUUGUAGGGGAAAAAAAUCCUUUUAGAAGCAGUCUGUCACCUUCUAUAUGGACUUAAUUUUAUGUCAUCCCAGAUUCUGUGUGCUCAUAUAUCUGCAGUAAUCUUUUUCAUUCUUUUGCCAACUGUUCAGCACACAUGUGUUCUGUUAGAAAUGGCACCUGGAUGACAGAAGCUCUAACAUUCACAUAUGCUUCUGAAACACAGUUCUUUGCUCCUGUGCUGUCUGAACUAGUGUAAAUAGAAAGUUCAGUUGAUGUUGGUUUUAAUUAGUAUAUUGGUCUAUUAUUAAUAUAAAGUCAAAAUUGUAUUUUAAUUAUACUCUUCCUGAUGGUUGUGGUAUCAACUUGCUCUACCCGUUAGGGGAAUGUUGUAAAAAAACGUUCCUUUCCAGCUAUACAAUCAUUUUAAUCAUCAAACUAAUGUAAGAAGUUGUAAGUAAUAAGAAAGCACUUUUUUUUCCAGGUGUACUAAUAAUUGGGUAAAUCUUGUCAUGCUUCAGUUCUUGCAAAGUACCUUUCAAAUUAUGCACUGUAGAUAACAUUUCUGAUCCCUUUGAUAGCCACAGGUCGCUUUAAGGAGUUGGUAUGUCAGAGCAACUGCAAGGAGCUUUAGAAUUCUGGCUUUAUCCUGUUCUUCUUCGAGUUUGGCAUAUAACUAAGCUUGUGGAUGUAAAGGUUCAGCUUUGAAUCCUUUAAACAUGUGGUCAGUCUUUGUCUGGUUCAGAUUCAGUUUGAUAUCAAGAAAAGCGUAGAGCCAUUGGUGCUGAAUGUGGCAAGGAAGUUAGGCAGACUGACUUCUUGAAAAGUUUUCAUAAUUUUAAAGUUUUAUUAGCGAACUAGCUUCACUUUACCUUUGAUACAAAUUUCAGGGCUGAAUGUUAGGUUUAAUUGCAACUGAGGUAUUUACUGUCUUGUUCCCGAGAUGCCUGACUAAGAUUUCUUGUAGUGAUUUUGAAGACAAAGGGAUACAAAUCACAGCAAAUAUUAUAAUGGAAAAUAUAUUUCUUUUAAAUUGACACAGUCUCGUUAUCACCACUUAAGAAACUUAGAUCAGUACAGUUAAUUUUUAAACCAUACAGUAACUGUGAGCAUAUACAUUAUGAGUCUCUAAGGAUUCACUUAUCUGUCAUACUCCUUACUCACUUUAUGCAAUGCAAAACAACUCCUCUAAAAAUUAAGAGUACAACAGUCUUCCGAGAAGAACACAAAAGAGAAACAUGUAUGUGCAAAUAUUUCUCUUUUUCUAAUUAUGACUCCUACAGAUACAAAAUUCUAACAUGUAUGCAUGCAUGUGACUUAUAGUCUGCUACUACUUGCACACAUGACCACACGCAUAGCAACAUGUUGAAUUUAUGGUGAAACAUUAUCUGACACAUGACCUAACUUUCAGUGGAGGGAAAAGCGUAUCACAAGCUGUCUGCUCGGAUGUGACAUGCCUUUUGCUUCACCAAUGCCCCACCACAUGGCACAGAAGCUGCACACCUUUCCUGUUACUUUACAUUAGCAAUUUUCUUGUUCUAUAAGAUACUGGAAGGAUUGCUUUCUUAGUAUCUGCAUAGAGCUCUCUGGGUGAUGCAUGGCCUGAGAAAGAUCUGUAGUUACUCCCUUCACACAGGUUGUCUUGUAACCUGCUCUCUGAAUCAGUUAUGAUAACAAGCAAGCAGUUCUUACUGUCAAAUUUAUUAACAUGAAGUUCCUAGAACAGGAAGAUUGCCUGUCCCAUAAUUAUGAAUCAGACAAAAACUAAAGCAUGUAUAUAUAUCGUGAUUCUAGCAAGUUCCCUAAUGUGCGGCUUAUGAAUCUGUAUUGCCCACAAGUGCCAUAGUUUGCAGUGUGUUUGCUUUGUUUAGAUUAGGCAUUUUCAUUUACAUGAAAGAUCAUAGACUUGUAGAAUGGAUCAUAGAAUCAUAGAAUGGUUUGGCUUGGAAGGGACC